UGUUUACUGGCUGGGAUACAGGGCGCACGUACGUCUUGAAUAAGCAAUGGAUUCGUGGGAAAACGAUGAAGCUAUACAACGAUUCAGGGAAUAUUUGAGGAUACCUAGUGUGCACCCGAAUGUGAACUACGAUGAGUGUGUGGAAUUUCUGAAACGACUAGCCAGUGAGCUGCAGCUGCCCGUGGCAGUACAUGAAUUAAUACCGGGGAAGCCCGUCGUGGUCAUCACCUGGGAGGGCAAGGAGCCCCAGCUCCCGGCCAUACUGCUUAACUCACAUAUGGACGUCGUGCCUGUUUAUGAGGAAUUCUGGACUCAUCCACCCUUCGAAGCUAAAAUAUCUGAAGAUGGCUACAUUUACGCUCGCGGCACUCAGGAUAUGAAGAGUGUCGGAAUGUUCCAUUUGGAGGCCGUGAGAAGACUGAAGGCGGCUGGUAUCAGGUUGAAGAGAACUGUCCAUGUGUCCUUUGUUCCCGACGAAGAGAUUGGUGGAGAGCAUGGGAUGCAAGCGUUUGCUCAAUCUGAGCAGUUCAGAGCCUUGAACUUGGGUUUUGGACUCGACGAAAGCUGUCCUUCUGUAAGCACGAAGGUCAUUAGGGCUUUUAAUGGAGAAAAAACUAACCGACAGUUAAAAGUGAAUUGCAGAGGAAACCCCGGACACGGUUCUUUGCUUUUGUCUAACACAGCAGGGGAAAAGCUUCACUACAUAUUGGACAAAUUUAUGAAAUAUAGGGCAGGAGAAGUGGAAAAACAAGCCCAAGGCACGUGGAUUGGCGACUUACUCUCAAUCAAUUUAACACAGAUCGAGGGCGGCGUUCAAAUCAAUGUGGUACCAGACAGCCUUACAGUCUAUUUUGACAUCAGGAUACCGCCAACACUUGAUCACGACGCUUUUGAUGACAUGAUCAGGAAAUGGUGUACUGAGGCAGGGGAAGAUGUGACAUUCGAGUACAUUAGGAAUAAUGCCCCAGUCAAGAUCACAAAUAUCGACGAGACGAAUCAGUUUUGGGCAGCUCUUCUCUGUGCAGUUACAGAAAUGGGCUUCGAAAUCCUCUGCAACGUAUGCCCGGGCACCACGGACGCGCGCUUCGUGCGCCAGCAGGGCAUACCAGUCAUCAACUUCACGCCAAUACUUAACUCGCCCGUUUUGCUCCAUGCCCAUGAUGAGAGGAUCCAUGUUGAUGUGUUCCGGCAAGGGAUUGAUAUUAUGGAAAAGGUGGUAGAAGCUAUUGCUAACAUUUAGGGACAAUUGAUAUGUGUAUACAUUUUAUCGCAUAGCAACACAUCGAUAUUUUGUAAAAAAAAUCGACGGAGCCCUUGUAAAUAAAUUUGCACAAGUUGUUAUUACUUAAUAAGGAAAAUGGCGGAACACCAAAUAUAGGUAUUGUAUAAUAUGUAUAUGUAAAUAAGGAUUGUACUUAAUUGUGUUCAAUUAAAAUGGUGGUGGUCGCUUUCGGAUGAAAGAAGCCCUUGGCGUCCGUUGGCUCGUUGGGUGGACGACAUCCGAAAGAUUGCUGGUCACUUACAAUACAAUACAAUACAAUCAUUUAUUAAUAAAAUUAAAAUUUUACACUUCUGGAUGAGAUUAGCUCAGGACCGGGACAAGUGGCGUACUAGCAGAGAGGCCUAUGCUCAGCGGGCGCAAAAGGGCUGAUAGGUAUGAUAAUGAUGAAUUAAAAUUAUAAAAAAUACAUUUAGAUCCAUUUACAUUUGUUUUAGAUUUAGAUACAUUUACAUUUGUUUUAUUUAGUUCUACUCAGUAAUUUAGUAAGUUAGUCUCACUGUAAUCUCACUGCCUAACUACUUCAAAACAGUUGCUUUACAUAUUUAGUUUUUAACACUAAACCGAGCUUUAAUUCCAGGUUUCUUGUCGGCCAUGGUGGAUAUUAUAAAAACAAUAUUUAAGUUAGGAGAUAAGGCGGAUCGGAAUAGUUACAAAGUAUUUACGGGGCGAAGUCCAAAAAGUAGUAUACUUGAG